UUCGUACACUAUCCAGAGGGUUUUGACGGAUUUGUGAUGGAAUUUCUGGAUUUGAGGGGCUACAGACGCUCGGCGGAUGGAUAUAUUUGUAUUUAUCGUGCGUUGUUGCAUGCUUUGCCGUACACAAUUGCAUGUGUACUUCAAAGCUACAAUUUAUUGGCGGCUGGGGCCUCCAAGUCGUCCCCCAAACGACGCGACGAGUCUUGACACCAAGAGACUAAGACAAAGAACAACAAGAACAAAAGAGAGGGGCUAAGAAGAAAAGAAGGACAAGAAGAAGAAGAUAAAGAAGAGAGGAGGUCCCACCACAAGUUGCCAACUGGUCCCAUGUAUUUAUGACUUCAAGUUGAACAUGUCCCAGGAGGCAGGGAUGCCCAACGUUCUACAGGAAACAGCGACAAGUGAAAGCGCGCAACCGACGAGCGGCCGGGUGGCGGGGGGAGGGGACGCGGCGACACAGAACGCACACGGCGCAACGGAAGCCGACCUGGCGGCGCACCUCCAGCAACAGCAGGCCCUGCACCAAGCCAUCCUGCUCCAACACCAACAACAGCAGCAGGCGCUGAAAGGGGCCAAGCCUGGAGACAAGGGUGUGCCAGUCUCUGCCGCACAGAUGCCACAGGUAUUGCUGGCUCCCCAGCAGCUGACACCUGUUCAGCUGCAGCAGAUCCUGCAGCAGCAGGUGUUGUCACCGCAGCAGCUGCAGCAACUCAUGGCACAACAGACACUCAUCCAACAACAGCAGCAGCUACAGGAGCUGUACGCCAAGCCGGGUGUGAACAAGGACCAGCAGCUGAAGAUGCAGCAGCAGCUGCAGGAACAGCUGCAGCUCCAGAUGCUGCAGCAGCAGCAGGCCAUGGCUGCGCUCGUGGCGACCACCGGCGCCGGGGGGAAGCAGCCCGACGCCAGCAAACAGCAACAACUGCAGCAGAUGGCUCUACAGCAACAACUCUUUUUACAGAUGCAACAGGCGCAGCAGCAGCAGUUGAUCUUCAGACAACACGGCCUGGUCCAAACCCAGCAGGGUGUCGUACCUGUCCAGCUGACACAAGGUCUGUCCCCGGCCGAGAUCCAGGCACUCUGGACGCAGCUGACGGGGGGCGCCGCAGGGAUAAUCCACGAUCCUACCAAGGCCACUAACAACAUCACUGUCAAUGUCGCAGCAACCUCCACCACCGCGGGGGGUACCGCAGCCGCCGCCGCAGCCACCACCAUCCCGACGUCACCGUCCAUACCAGCCGCGCCGGUCAUGAACGGGCAGGCCUUCGCCUCCGCGGCGGGGGACGCAGCCUUGCUGCACGCAGGACUCGUCAUGGCCAACCCUCACACUAUCUCCAGCCCGAUCGCGGAUGGCCGAACCUCUCCAGGACACAACCACCCCCUGUACGGGAACCGCAUGUGCAAGUGGCCGGGCUGUGAGGCUGUCUGUGAGGACUUUGGCCUCUUUCUCAAGCACCUGAACACGGAGCAUGCUCUGGAUGACAGGAGCACGGCCCAGGCCAGGGUGCAGAUGCAGGUGGUGGCACAGCUGGAGUUACAGUUGGCAAAGGAGCGUGAGCGUCUGCAGGCCAUGAUGACCCACCUGCACAUGAAGCCGGCCGAGCCGAAGGAGCCUGUGAGCACGAUUGUAAACCUCCUUCCUUCCCAGUCUACUACUGCAGGCACACACCCACACCUCCAAGAUUCAAAGUGGAUGCUUUCCCAAAUGGAAAGGGAGGCUAGAAGCAGGAUCACUCCUGUCAUGUCCAAGCCCGAGCCGCCGCCCCCGUUGCCGCCUCCCUCGCCGGUCGUUACCCAUGAUUCCACACCGCACACGCCCACCACCCCAACGACUCCGGUCAUGACGGCGCCGGCCACGCCCACGGCCGUCGGUCCGAUCCGCCGCAGGGCCAGCGAGAAGUACAACCUCCCACUGUCAGAAGAAAUCCAGCGAAACCAUGAAUUCUAUAAGAACGCCGACGUGCGACCACCGUUCACCUAUGCUUCUCUCAUAAGACAGGCGAUCAUUGAAUCUCCGGAGAAACAACUCACCCUCAACGAGAUCUAUAACUGGUUCACGAGAACCUUCGCGUAUUUCCGACGGAACGCAGCGACGUGGAAGAACGCUGUACGCUACAAUUUGUCGGUUCACUCUUGCUUUCAAAGACUUGAGGACAGUUUCGGCUCGUAUUGGACAGUGGAUGAUGAGGAAUUUAAAAAGCGGCAUCACGUUAAGCGGGGCAGGCCUAGAAAGUACCCACCUGAUUAUGAGCACGAUGAGCCCAAAUCAGGCGACACUGACAAACUCAUGCCUGAAGGUUGGAGUCUACCACUUGCUGGUAGGGGGUUUGGCCGUCGAGGCAUGGGCGGAGUUGUACCUGACCACAACCUGUAUGCAGCCAACAUCAAUGCCAAUCUACAGGUAGGCGCAGCUUUUCUCUAUGAGGCGACGUUGGCAGAAAACAACCUCCCGCUGCUGAGUAGCGCCGCCACCGGCCUGGCUGGACCCCCCACGUUGCUUCCUGACAGGGACGGGUCCGAACACGUCCCCAGCGAAGAGGACUCCCCUCACAUGAGCCCAACCGAUGUGCAGGUGAAGGUUGAACCGGUGCAGGUCAAAAUGGAGCCAGAAGAGGGUGCCCAAAGGCCGGGGGCAAAUGGGGACAACAGGGCAGAGGAGGUGGAGUCCCCCAAAUAACUACCUUCCUCCACUCCAAUAACCAACCACUCAAAACACAGGGAGUUCUCUCCAGGCUAAACUGAGAAAAGAGGAUACAGACUUUUAUUUUUCCAGAUUCAGUUUGAAAAAUCUUCCAUGCAUCGUUGUAACAGGGAGAGCAAGAGGGAAAGGAAGAAAAAAAAAGACUCACCAAAAGUUAGCAAUUUUUGUCUGUUUCCAUGGCAACAACAAGUUGUGAACUUGUUUGCCUGAUGCAUACCAGCAGGCCUGGUGGUGACCUUUGACCUCUGAAAGAAGCGUUUUGAUUGGCUCUCCCGUCAGUGUAGAUAAACUUUCUUUUUAGAUCCUCUCCUUUCUUGUUUCUUGCAGGCUAGUGAAUUUUUAGCUAUGUUGGAGGAAGCUUAUUUGAAAAUAAGUUGCUUAACCUUAGUUUUAGUUUUGGAAAGAAAGAAAAUGUUUAAUGUAAUGUGAACUUGCAUCAUUUCUGAAUCAUUUUCAUUUGUUUAUCAAGUCUGCCAUGUAGAUAGGAUAGAUACAAUUUGUUAGGGUGUGUAUCCUCUUUUCCAGUCUUGUCCUGUGCACUCCUUGUCCAGACCAAAUUAAUUGUUAAAACCAACCCUCCAAAUAAUGUCAGUUUUAGACCAAUUUUACCAAAGAGUCAAUUUUCGUUGUGUUGUGACACUGUGUCGCCGGGCAACUUGUUUUGCCCAGUUUUUUUCCGUUUUCUGUCUUUGACUAUUGUUUGACGGGAAACAUUCUCAAGAAACCCCCCUCAGAAGUCAAAGUGGUAGCACCCAGGAAUAAGCAACAGACACAGUUUUGUGGGGUGCGCCACUUUAGGAGAGGGGGUGUUGAAAUGGUCUCAUACCAGGGGUUUGGUCCCUGUGCAAACUGCAGCUGUAUGUUGCUUUUAGCUAGCCCCAUAGAUGGCUCUAUUUUUAUUGUGCAAAUGCAUUAUGUGCUUACGUAGGUAGGAUUAAUGUUAAGUGUAUUAUGUUAACGUACGGUAAUUAGAAUGAUCGCAGUGAUCCAAAAAAAUUGUUUUUCCCCCAGUUUAUUUGGGGUGAAUAAUGCCACUUUUGUGUUUUACGAAAUUGUGAGAAAGAAAACGCUAACAAUCUUGACCAAGUACCUAAUAAGGACACAGCACUGAUCAGUACCAUGUCGUAACCCUAAUGUUAACGUGCUUCUGCCUUAGCUAGUCUCCGUACUAUGCAGUAUAAGUAAACAGACUACUGCGUCGUUUGAUUCCAAAACCCUCGAUUAACCUGUAACAGUUGUAAAUGAAGAUUUCUUCGUAAUUGAAGACAAUAAUUAAUGUG